UUAUAUAAAGUGGCAAGAAAAAGUAUGUGAUCCUCAUCAAGGUCACAACAACAGACAAACACAAUGUGCAUAAGCUGAUAAAACACAAAUAAUUCUAGAAAACACCCAUUAAACAUUCACAUAUAUGCAUAAUUAUUAUACACAAUACUCACAUACACACAUAUAUGAUGUAAACAACAUUAUUCUGCAAACAAACAAUUAGUUGUGAUUAAUUGUUAUGUAAUACAAUGUUACAAAAAUCAGCGUGAUGCCCAGCUGAUGUGCGACCAACGAAAGCGAACGAAACCAAAGUUUAAUCCGCUUACCCGUUUCAUAUCCCUAUCAGGUUUAUAUAUAAAUAUAUAUGUAUCUCUCUCAAGGGUUUUUCUCCUCCUAGGAGUUUUCCCACAGGGUUUUUCUCCUAGGGGUUUUUUUAUCCCAUGGAGAGUCAGCCAACAUUGGCUUAACUUAUCACUUUACUGUAUAUGUUACAUUAUUACUACGCUCGCUUGUACGGUUUAUUCUUAGCCGCUUUAUUCUGCUUCUUAUAUUAUCUAUUGAUUAUUCUGUGUUUUCCCCUACAUCUAGUCAUGUAAAGCUGCUUCAAAACAAUUAACAAUUGUGAAAAGCACUAUAUAAAUAAAAUUGAAUUGAAAAUUGAAUUGAAUAAAUGUGAUCCUGUCUGUAAAAACCCAGCUAAAGUCAUUUAUUUGUGAAUUAAUCUUGCUAUCUUUAAUAUUGACUGAGUAAGAUUAUGACAGAGAUUGAAAUCAAACUCUGAUGCUCGUGAUCUCAUCAUUAGUCUGAUACUUUAACCUGGAUUACACAGACACAGAUAAUGUAACUGUACAGUAUAAACACCAUAUAUCAUAGUAUUUAAAAAAUGACCUGCUUUAAAUUAAAUACCAUGUUUAAAAAACAAUGCUUAUGACUCAUCUGCUUCAGAUUAAAAUCGCACUAUAGUGUUCGUUUCCACUGUAAAAUCAUUAUAAAUUAAUGGGGGAUAAUUUAUUUAUUUAUUUACACUAUGACCCGGAUGUUAAUCAUCUUAACAGACAGUAUAGAGUAUAAAAAUGAUUGCAGCCAUGAUGCUAAUAUUUAUCAUGAAGAUUGACAAUUAACAUAUCACAGUAGUUUAUUUACAUGGUAAUCCAAGAUACUGAAAAGAAUAUUAUGGUAUUUUAAUGCUAUAAUCCACGCUAGUACUGUGGUGCGUCACUUCAGGCGGAAGCAUCGGUUACCAUAGUGAUUAUCUGUUAGGGGCCAUAAAGCGGAACUUAUGAAAACAGACCAUACACACAAACAUGUGUCGUUUAAGGUGGUCGAGUGUUAUAAUGAUGACUGGAUCAUGCUUUUUAGUAAAUCAGUCAAUAAUCCUCCAGACGAGAAGAGUCGAUAUCAUGUGAAGGAUGCACAUCAUCCCCUCCCACCCCUCAUCCUCACAUCCAAAUACUGAAUCUCAUCACAAACACACAACACUCAAAGCUUCAUCGACCGGCAUCACUAUGAGUGCAUCUGUGAUUUAUCACAUCAUACGCAUGAUGUGUUUGGUGGUCUGUGUGUUGGGAUGGCAUGAUUUAGACAACAGUGAAUAUGACUGCUGGCCUCUGGACAAACCAGAUGAAGUCAACAUGAUCGACUGUGGAGGUUUGGAAAUGGCGUGGAUUCUCCGUCCUCCAGAGAAGGUUCUGAGCGGUGAAGAGUUCACUGUUAUUUACUCCGUCACAGUCCGAGAUGAGUUUUACCAGUGGGCUGUCGACAAUAAUAUAUUCAUACACAGGUCCAUCACAGACCCAGAUGAAGCCAGAAGAUUCUGUGAACAUCAUGAAUGUCCCAGCAACUGGAGAGAUGCAAACGGAGAAAACUGCUGCAUUCAUCAUGCCAACAUCCACUCCUGCCCCAUGGGAUUCAUGAAACAGGCGGAGGAGAGAAUCUGUGGUCCUUGGAUUCCAGAUGAUGGAAAAAUCUUCACUCACACCAUCUCGACUUCUGGAAAAAUGUCCCAGACAAACUGGACUGCAAAGGUGGUGUUGUUUCAUGAGGGCUUGACGUCUCUGAUCGCUCACAUCCGUGUGGGAAACAUGCAGGUCGCACUGGAGGCCAAGAGCUCGGUCUUACCCGCUAUCAUGUGUGGUGAUGGUAUUUGUGAAGAAGAAGAGAGUUGUGCAACAUGUCCUGCAGACUGUGGUGAUUGUCCACUCGGUUCUACUGUACAAGCUGCUAUCGUUCUUACUGUGACCAUCAUCAUCAUCAGCUUCAUCAUCAGUGCUAUGUGGUUUAAAUAUCAGAAACAGAAGCUCUUCUGGGAUGAAAGUUGGAUCAUUGACUUCAAUCAAAUUAAACAAGAUUAUAUUGCCCGGGCGACCAUGGGCAGUAUCAUGAGCGUUCCAGCUGCAAACAGUGACUCUAAUGCCAGUUGUGUGACAGCGCUGAGCUCAUACACGGGUGCUAACACAUCACGAAAACAACUCUACACACACACAGGCAUCUAUGAUGGACGAACCGUUGCCAUCAAGAAAAUUAAAUCAAAAACAUUUACCCUUACAAAGACGAUUCGUCAAGAGGUGAAGCAAGUGAGGGAACUGGACCAUCCGAACCUCUGUAAGUUUUUUGGAGGUUGUGUGGAGGUUCCUAAUAUUGCCAUAAUAAUCGAGUAUUGUCCUAAAGGAAGUCUGAAUGAUGUUCUACUAAAUGAAGAGAUUCCUCUAAACUGGGGCUUCAGAUUCUCCUUUGCUACUGAUAUUGCUCGUGGGAUGUCUUAUCUCCAUCAGUAUAAGAUCUGCCACGGACGCCUUAAAUCAUCCAACUGUGUUAUAGACGACCGCUGGGUGUGUAAAAUCACAGAUUAUUGUCUGUGGGUUUUUCGGCGUGAAGACUCUCCAGAACCUCUCACUACAUAUCAGCAGAGACUGAAGGAGGUCUACACACCACCUGAAGCUCAGAAUGGGGACCAGGAGCCCACUUUAGCCGGAGAUGUGUUCAGUUAUUCAAUAAUCUUACUGGAGAUUGCCACUAGAAAUGAUCCAGUACCUGUUGAAGACAGCUCUCUGGAGUGUGCCUGCUGUCCUCCACUGCCUGAAUUGAUUUCGGGUAAAGCUGACAGCACCUGUCCCUGUCCUGUUGAGUACGCUGAGCUGAUUCGAAGAUGUCGUGCCUUUAACCCUACACAACGGCCCACUUUUGAGCAGAUACGCAAGUUUGUCAACAAAAUCAACCCACACAAAGUCAGUCCUGUGGACAUGAUGAUGGAGCUGAUGGAGAAGUACAGUAAACAUCUGGAGGUUCUGGUGGGGGAACGAACACAAGAUUUGAUGCUGGAGAAACAAAAGACAGACCGACUUCUUUACAGUAUGUUGCCCAAACAGGUGGCAGAUGACCUGCGACAGGGUAAACCUUUACAAGCUCAGAGUUACAUCAGUGCCACAGUCUUCUUCAGUGAUAUUGUGGGUUUUACGCAGUUGUCCAGCUCAAGCACACCGUACCAGGUCGUUGACUUCCUCAAUAAACUCUACACAACCUUUGAUGAGAUCAUCGACAACUAUGACGUCUAUAAAGUGGAAACGAUCGGUGACGCAUAUAUGGUGGUAUCAGGAGUACCCAGAGAGAACGGGAUCCUUCACGCUUCAGAGAUCGCCAGCAUGGCUCUCGACCUGGUGUCCGUCUGCAAGACCUUCAGAAUCCCCCACAGACCACAAGACCAACUGCAGAUCCGAGCUGGAAUACAUUCAGGUCCUGUAGUGGCAGGUGUUGUGGGAACUAAGAUGCCACGAUACUGUUUGUUUGGAGAUACGGUCAACACAGCGUCUCGCAUGGAGUCGAAUAGUGAGGCAUUGAAGAUUCAGUGUAGCUGCAGUACAUUUUACCUGUUGGAGGAGAUCGGCGGCUACACGCUCACCUGUCGAGGUGUGUUACAGGUGAAGGGUAAAGGUGAUAUGGUAACAUACUGGCUAGAAGGGAAACAUGCUGUGGCUCCCAGUAAAGAUGUAAAGAAACCAGUGAUGGUCCAGGAGCCUGACAGAGAGGACUACACCAGUAUCCCAGGAGUCCUCAGCCCAUCUAACAGCACUGAACCCAACUAACCUAACAGUAUACUGGAGAUUUCUGCUGUUUGUAUGUUUGAUUCAAAUGUGUUGUGUUUUAAAGCACAGAUCUUCUUCUUUAUCACUAGUAUUAUCAAUAACUACAGUAGUUUAAAACUGUGACACUAAAGUGAAGUUAACUGUAGUUUAACUUAAGGAUGGUGAAGUGUUGUGAACUCCAGGCUAAAGUCUCAUUAUGUGAAGAUCAUGACUCAAUCAAUAUAUCAAAGAUAUCAAGGUUAUAUAGUGUCACACAAUGUUCUUUGAUAUAGAAUAUCAGCUGUUCUGUAUAAGUCAGUGUUUGUAGUCUCAGGUAACAACAAGUAAUCCAUGCAGUGAUAGAAAAUACUGAAGUAUUGACAAGCCAGUUGUUUAUUUUCAUUUAGUUACUAUAUACAUUGUAUUUAGUUUUCAAUAAUGAAGGUGUGAUUAGGUCACUAAAUGAUUUACAUGUUCCUCCAAAAGUAAAAGAAAGGAACACAAACACAUCACAACUGUGUCAAAUAAACAAGUCCUUCUCAUUUCAAUAAAAUGUUUUCUUCUGACAGAAGGAACAAAGCAUCAUGUACCUUCAAGCUCUUGUAAUGAUAAUAAUAUCUGUGUGUGCGUGUGUCCGCCAGUGAGCAAAAAUACAACAUCUAUAAAUGUUUGGAAGAAGAGAACGCUGUAAUAUCUGGAAGAGAAAUACAAGAUCAGGUGUUCAUGUGAUUAAAAGAGAGAGAGGGAGAGAGA